AUGCUGCUUCGGAUAGUGGCCCUUCUACUCGGCCUGCUGACAGUUUCUGCCCGUGGAGAUACGAAUUUCGAGGACACGCGUUGCCGAUGUAUCUGCCCCAGCACCCACUCGUUCGCCACCAACCAGACCAGCGAGGGCGAGAACCAGCGCCGAUACUACACAAAGUCGAAUAUCAGCCCCAGCUCGUGCAAGCCCUCGGCCGUGGUCCGCGCUGAAGUGGCGUCGAUCGUCGACGAGAAUCGAAUGGACGCCUUUCUCGCCAACUGCGACUGCCAUUUCGAGAGCCGCAACACGGUCAUGAUAAAAGUGGUCGUCAUCUUUGUGAUCUGCGUGAUCGCGGUGCUCGUCGCCUACAUGGGCUUUUUGAUGUGCCUGGACCCGAUGAUCAAGAAGCAGCGCUCCGCCGUCCCCUAUCGGCAACAGAACGAUGAGAUGGAAGACAACAUCUUUGCACGGGCGGCCUCGUCGAGUGAGCCCGUUGAGACGCCGCCGACACAGAUGCGCUCCCGCAAUCCAAAUGUCCUCGAGCGCGUGGAGGCUGAGCAAAACCGAUGGAUGCGGAAGGUUGAGGAGCAGCGCAAGCAGGUCUUCGACGACCACUCCAUCCUCAAU